GGGUGAGAGGGCACCAAACCUCCUCGCUAUAUUUCUUCCGCUGAGAUUUUGUGAUUUUGAUAAUAAAUAAAUAAAUAAAAAUGCACCGACCACUGAGCACAACCCGACCAAUCCAAGAACAAAAGGAAGACGAUGCAUUUAUGUUUUUUCUAAAAAGAAGAAGAAAAGGAAGAACAACAAAAAACUUCUUAAAUUCUUUGCUAAGGAUUGAUCGAUUCAUCAAGAAAUAUCAUCUUCUCGGUCCCCGCUUGAGUCAAUCCAACUAGGAACUAAUCUGCUCAAGGGGGGGACAUAAAUACGUUACAGCCUCUUCCUAGGAUGACAAUUGAAAACGUUAAACAUAGUAAUAAAGAAAGGAAUCCAAGGAAGAGCAAUGGAUUUGGGGUUAAUGAGAAGUCGCCGCUGUUGCCUAGUAAGAACGAGGAAGGUUCCGGGUUCGAUGAGUUCAAUGGGGCUUCUUUUAGCGGAGCUGUUUUUAAUUUGUCAACCACUAUUGUUGGGGCUGGAAUUAUGGCAUUACCUGCAACUAUGAAAGUUUUGGGUCUUAUCUUGGGGGUCGCUGUGAUCAUAAUCAUGGCAUUCCUGACAGAAGCUUCAAUUGAGUUUUUGCUAAGGUUUAGUAGGACUGCUAAAUCAACUUCUUAUGGAGCUGUUAUGGGGGAUGCGUUUGGGAAGUACGGGAAAAUGAUGCUCCAAAUAUGUGUCAUGAUCAACAAUGUUGGUGUGCUUGUUGUCUACAUGAUUAUCAUAGGUGAUGUGCUUUCUGGAACAACCGAAAGUGGAGUUCAUCACAAUGGUGUUCUGGAAGGGUGGUUUGGGAUGCACUGGUGGAAUGGGAGAUUCUUUGUCCUUUUGGUUACUACUAUUUGCAUAUUUGCACCACUGGCUUGCUUAAAACGCAUAGAUUCAUUAAAAUUUACAUCUGCACUGUCAGUUGCACUGGCUGUUGUUUUCCUUGUUGUGACUGUGGGAAUAACCGUAUACAAGAUUAUAAAUGGAACUAUUGUGAAGCCCAGAUUGCUUCCAGAUGUUUAUGAUCUGACUUCAUUUUUAAGGCUAUUCACUGUAGUCCCUGUCCUUGUCACAGCUUAUAUCUGCCACUAUAAUGUUCAUACCAUUGACAAUGAACUCGAGGACAACACACAGAUAAAAGCAGUGGUUAGGGCCUCACUCACGCUUUGCUCAAGUGUCUAUGUAUUAACAAGCAUCUUUGGAUUCCUCUUGUUCGGCGAUGAAACUCUUGAUGAUGUUCUUGCAAACUUCGACACUGAUCUUGGAAUCCCAUUUGGUUCUGUUCUCAAUGACAUUGUCCGUGUCAGCUAUGUUGCACACUUAAUGCUGGUCUUUCCUAUCGUCUUCUAUCCAUUGAGGCUCAACUUGGAUGGUUUGAUCUUCCCAUCUUCAAGGCCUUUGGUGCUUGAUAAUGCGAGGUUCGGAUUGGUUAGUGGUGGGCUUAUAUCUGUCAUCUUCCUGGGUGCAAAUUUCAUUCCCAGCAUUUGGGAUGCUUUCCAGUUCACAGGAGCAACGGCUGCUGUUUGUGUUGGGUUCAUAUUUCCUGCUGCUGUUACGCUUAGGGAUAGGUAUGGCAUAUCAACAAGAAAGGAUAAGAUAUUAUGUACCUUUAUGAUAGUCCUGGCAGUGUUAUCAAAUCUGAUCGCUAUAUACAGCGACGCCUAUGCGUUGUUUAAGAAGAAAGCAUUGGUGCCCGCAUGAUUGCAGAUACGUGAUCAUAUAAUAUACCGAGUAUAUAUUUGUAUAGGGAAAGUAGCAAUUUUUAUUGGAACUGAUGAUGAUUUUGAAUAAAGAUGAAUAUGCAUUCUGCUCAAUAUUGAGCUGAGCAGACAGCAGUGCUACCAAAAAUGCAUGUAUGUAGUAGAGUUUGUUUUGUAUUAUUAGAAGGUUGCAAUGUACUAAUAAAAAAUGGAGUAUUUGUUAGUUAAUUGCGCAUUAUCAUUCAAGUAUC